AUGCAUGACGCUACAUGGCAUAAACUUCCUGAGCUCCCGCUCCGUCACCUGUCGCAAGGAGAGCGUUCUCUCCAGACCGAGCGGGGAAGGGGAUCUACACUGGCUGCUCUCGACUUUCCUCCGAUCCGUGGGAGCCAGACGGACCGAGCAGCCACGAGGAAGCAGCGGGGGGAGGGAGUCUCGAAGCCUGACUUGGAGGAGCAUGUUCUCAGCCUGCAUCACCGAGCGGUGGGAGUGACGGGAGCGGCUGGUGGAGGCGCCUUGAUGCGCAUGCAGGUCUCUCUCAACGAGCGAGGCCUGAAGCACGACGCUGAGAGCCUCUACGCGCGCAUCCUCAAGUUGGACAUGAGGGCCCCGAUGAGAAUCCUGGUGCUCAACAACCUCGCGCUGCUGCAUGAGAGCAGGGGAAACUUGAGAGAGCAGGCGAUGACCCUCAGCGUCGACCCCAAGGACUUGUACUGCCGCCGCUGCUGCAAGCGCAUGUCAGCCCCGGCAGAGGACGCUGGUGUGGCUCAAGCUGACUGGCGCCUGGUGAAGCUCUGCAGGGACUGCAGGGAGUGCUGGAAGGUGCCGGGGCUGCUCAAGUCGACGCAGACAGCUCGGAACUACUCCAAGUUGUUCAAGCAGACGCAGCUCGGGCAAUAUGAUGAGGCGAGCGGGGGAGAGGCAGAGAAGCUUCUGUUUCUGGCUCUUGCAUCGCUGAAGAAGAUUGCACGCGAGGACAGUUGCAAGUCCCAGCAGCUCUUGCAAGCAGAAGCAUGCAUGAUUCUGUCGCAGUAUGGCGAUCUUUUGUUGGAUGCCGUCGAGAGAGAACUGAAAGACAAGUCCACUUCUUCUCCUGCCCUCCUUGACAAGCUGGAAGUUGCAGUGCAGUACUUGACAGCCUCGCUCAAGCUCAACGAGCAUCAAGCUCAGAGCAGGUUCUUGUUGGGCAAGUGCUACUUCGUGGCGGCUUCCUUGCUCAGCGCAAAGGGAGUCGGCGGCGGCGAGCUGGGCAGCCUGCUGGGAGAUGCCAAGCUCAACAGGCUGGAGUCCCUCAAGAACCUCAAGACCCUCUUGACUGUCGAGCCCCGGCAUGUCCCCAGCCUUCUCGAAUUUGGUCGCCUGCUACAGACAUGCGGGCAGAGCCUGAAGCGCCUGCGGCCCUUCCGGAGGAGAGAGGCAUGGCAGGAGCUGUUCUUCCUUGAGGCGCAGGCCCUGUUCAAGCGAGCGAUCAGCAUGCAGCCUGACAGUCCAGUGGCGCUGCUGGAGUAUUGCAUCUCUUGCACUCAGAGCAAGACGAGCGAAGACGAGGUGAGGAGGAUCGUGCAGCGGGUGACGGAGCGUAAACCGACGGACGCUGCCAUCCUCUGCAACUUGGGCUGCCUGCUGCAGAAGCUUGGAGAGAACAAGAAAGCAGAGGAAGCGCUGCUGCAGGCCAUCGCACGAGCACCCAACCACCUGCCGUCCAUCUACAACCUAGCUCGGCUGCAUCACUACUUCCUCUCCAACCGCCAGCUCGCCCUCCGCUUCUACGACAAGGUUCUGAGCCUCGAAGAGGAGGAAGGAGACGAGGCGAGUGCGAACAUCAUGAAGAUGACCAGAGAUCAGAAGAGAUUCAUUCGCGUCACUCAGAAUUUGAAGUUUAUUAACCAGAGAAGUUGA